AGAAAUAAAGAGCCAUUUCCUGAUCACAGCCAGGUCCAGUGAAGAAUCAAACCCUUCAGUGCACCAGGUUUAUAAAGUAAUCUCCCGCCGAAACCGAAACAAAGCGCAAAGUUGAUUGAUCGCGGAAGUUUUCUCGACUUGAUCAGACUAGAGACCUGGUGAAAUCAGAAGCGCGAUGGCAGCAGCAGCCCGUGACGGCGGAGACACAUGAGAGCCUCGAGACUUCUCUUUCACCAUUUCUGGAAUGGACGCGGUUAAGCCUCAUCAACGCGGCUCUCGCCAGACCACCGACUCGAACUAGACCAAAAACGCGUUUUUAAGGUUGAUUUUCUUUUCGGUCGGACCGUUGUUGAAGUGUUCUGUGAGAAACAUGUAACAUGCGUUGGACGCCGCUGGACCAUGUCCACAUUUCCAAGCCCUGACUGGUGCGCUCAAGAGUCCCUCUUCAUCCCAUGGUCAAUGUGUGUGAACAGGCCUGCUGUCUGUGUGGCUGUAAUGCUGCUGCUCGCGGUGGCCCACGGUAAACGUGCAUGUGAUUAUUCUGUGAUCAUCAGCACCUACAGGGCCGUCAUCCUGGUCGAGCUCCAAAACCUGAAUCUGACUGGUUCAUUUGACAUAUCUAAAGAAAAGGACCACUGUUCUUCUGAGAAGGUUCACCGUAUCCUGCGAGACAUCUAUAAUAUGACCCAAAUCUUCAGAUGCUUGAGUGAAAGCAAGAGGCAGCAGCGGGACAGAGUGGACAGAGGCGGGGACAUGGCGAAGGUGGUGGGACAGAUGGCACAGCUCAUCCGAAAAAACUGCUGCAGGCCCCAAAGCUUGGCAAAUAGAUGCAAGAAAGUGUCUUGCGAGCCGGGGAAGAAGCGUAAAGGAAAACAGCAGUGGAGAAUGAAAAUGAUGGGAAGACUCAUAAACUGCUGGCAGCGGCUGCUGAGUGUGGCGGCGUAUUAAAUCACAGUUCAGCUCCACACAACAUUAUUUAAAACAGUAUGCACAUUCAUUUUCCCUUUAUCAUUAUUUAUUCACUUUCACUUAAAGAAAAAAGAACACCAAGUGUUUUGUAUAAUACUCCUUCAGUGAAAUGAUAAACUGAGAUUGUGUCAAGCUCAUAAGAAAUCGUAUGAUUAUCUUUCUUCUGGUUGUUUUAUAUGUUUUAUUUGAUAGCUCUAUAUAUGGUUUAUGCAUAGCAAGUUCAAAAGAUAUUCAUGUUAAACAGUUACACUCACAUCUGGUGCUGCAAAUUGAGCCAAAAUUACAGCUGUAAUCAUUUAACGCUGACUACGUUAUUCAUGUUCUCAUGGGUCUACGACAACUAACACUAUACACAGUAACUUAUCUCAUGUUAUUUCAAUGGAUUCAUCUGUUAAAACGUGUUGGGUAGAAGAAGGUGUUUAUUUGUCUGAAUUACAGUGUUUGAAGUUUUAUUGGAUAGUGUAAUGUUUUGGAAACUGUCAGGCAUUUCAUCAUAUCAAUACUUCCAAUAUUCAGAAACUCAUUAUGGACAUCACUAUAUCCAUAAUUUUGCUGCUUUGGUGCUGCUGAUUUAUGUGUUGUUUUGUUGAUUCUUUCCAUUAGUCCACUUUUACUGUAUGUAGGUUUAAAAAUAAAUACAUGAAUAAAAGCUUUUUUAAAAGAUUUUUCAUU